ACGUUUUCUUCCCCUAUCGAAAUUGCGUCUCUUCAUCCUUUACGUGUGCUUCCCAACUUCACCUCUUCUCUCCCAAAGUUUCAGUCUUUCCUCCAUUUCUUUACAUACCCAUCUCAAAAAGGGGCAAAUUAUUCAAUUUCAUCUUCGAUCAUCGGAUUAUGUUAAUCAAUUGCUAGAUACCAUCUUUCCGAUCAUCCCAUUUUCCCCUGUGCCAUGGCCGCCGCUUUGAGGUCAAACGCCUCUAGAGAAACCGCUUCUCUCACUCUCUCCCACUUUCGAUACUUCUUCUUCAGCCGUCUCCACACGGCGGCGACUCCUCACUGCAAUCACCGUAACAAGAUGGCGUCUCUCAAGCCUAUGGGACCCAGAUUCUUGGAUAAUCGACGAUUUUCUACAAACUGUGGUGUAAAGUCUGCUCUUUUGAGCUCCCAAGGAGACCCACCGGAUCUGUGGCAGCCUCCGAGUGAUGGACUUUCCGUUAGGGCUAAUGGGUCGACCGGUGUUAAUCUCGGUCGUGGCGGUGGCGGUGGUGGUGGUGGAAGCAGUCCCGGUGCUGGGAACGGACCAGCAGGGUCGAACCCGAAGGAAGAUUGUUGGGGUGGAUCUAAUCUUGGGUCUAGUUUUCCCACACCGAAGGAGAUUUGUAAAGGUUUGGACAAGUUCGUUAUUGGUCAGGAGAGAGCCAAAAAGGUACUUGCAGUGGCAGUUUACAAUCACUACAAGAGGAUAUAUUUCGAAUCACUACAAAAACGGUCCACGGGAGAAACCGAUAGCACUGCUUCGAAACCAGCUGAUGAUGAUAUGGUAGAACUUGAGAAGAGUAACAUUCUCCUGAUGGGACCAACUGGGUCAGGGAAGACACUACUUGCGAAAACUCUGGCACGGUUUGUGAAUGUUCCUUUUGUCAUUGCGGAUGCAACCACACUGACUCAGGCUGGUUAUGUGGGAGAGGACGUCGAGUCUAUAUUAUACAAACUUCUCACAGUAGCAGAUUAUAAUGUUGCAGCAGCACAGCAGGGAAUUGUUUACAUUGAUGAAGUCGAUAAAAUAACAAAGAAGGCAGAGAGCCUUAACAUCAGCAGAGAUGUAUCAGGAGAAGGUGUUCAACAAGCAUUGCUAAAAAUGCUGGAAGGAACAAUCGUUAAUGUACCUGAGAAGGGAGCUAGGAAGCACCCUAGAGGCGACAAUAUCCAGAUAGACACAAAAGAUAUACUCUUCAUAUGUGGUGGUGCUUUUGUAGACAUCGAAAAGACCAUUUCAGAGAGGCGCCAUGAUUCUUCAAUAGGGUUUGGUGCUCCUGUACGUGCUAACAUGAGGGUGGGUGGUGUUACAAAUGCCGCUGUUGCAUCAAAUCUGAUGGAAACUGUGGAAAGCAGUGACCUGAUUGCUUAUGGUUUAAUACCUGAAUUUGUUGGAAGGUUUCCUGUUCUCGUUAGCUUAUCUGCUUUGACAGAGAACCAACUUAUGGAGGUGCUUACCGAGCCCAAAAACGCUCUUGGAAAGCAAUACAAAAAGAUGUACCAAAUGAAUAGUGUAAAGCUACAUUUUACGGAAAAGGCGCUGCGGCUAAUAGCUAGAAAAGCAAUAACGAAAAACACAGGUGCUCGUGGCUUAAGAGCUCUUUUGGAAAGCAUCCUCAUGGAUUCUAUGUACGAGAUACCGGACGAGGGUAAAGGGAAGGAUAUGAUAGAGGCGGUUGUGGUGGACGAAGAAGCAGUAGAAGGAGAAGGGCGUAGAGGCUCUGGAGCUAAGAUUCUCCGUGGUAAAGGAGCUUUGGCUCUUUAUCUCUCUGAAACCACCAAAUCCAAGGUUUCCCCUCAGACGACCAAGGAGGGUUCAGAUGGAGAAAUUGAGGGGGAGGCAGAUAUUCCCUCCGUUGUAGCCAGUAUGUAAUGUAUCAUCUGGUAAAAUGUAUCUCUCUGUAUGCUUAAUCUUAUCGUGUUCUAAUAAUGUACAUAAAUGAAAGAAAGAAACAAAACACAAGGAUGCACAGUUUGCACAUUGAUCAAUGAUGAUGUAACGUUUUUGCAUUAACCUAUCUUAAAGUU